GUUAGGUAGCAUUUAAAAUGUCUCUCGCGUCGAAAAUUGUACUGGCUCUGUUUAUAUUUUUGUACAUAGAUUCUUGUAAAUCGGACAACUUGGUGCUAGGAUCCAGUACUAACGCUCAAUUGGCAUAUGCUACAAACGUGAAACUCGGCUCAAUACCAUUCACGGUGCGGACCAAAAAUGUUUUCUACAGUGAAAAUCGAGUGAUAAAGGCGAUAUCAGCUGUUGAUCUUAACAAUAAAAAAAGCAAGGCGAAAGUGACAGCUGGUGGAAUCGGUUCAACAUUCACAAACAUUCAACUGAAGAGCGAGAGGGGGGAAGAGCUCAACUACCAGAUACAAAUAUUUGUUUGAUCCUUACAAUAAAAA